CCUGCCGCAUCUGACGCCUAAAUGCCUCAUAUUCCAAGGACAUCACCGUCUGAUGGCAGCGACUUCGGUAUGGCCCCAGUUCCGCUUACAGUUAGGCGACCACUAGCUUCUCCUGGACUUUGUUCUUGGAUUCCAUGAGGAAUACGAAUCCGCCUGCAAUUUUAACGGGCAACGAUGUUACGACUGGAUAUUAUCGUACAUGGACCACAUUAAAUUUUUGCAUAAUACGGACUGCCAAAUUAGAUUUCGCCUCAACUCAGUCUGGCUGCGCAUGUGCCGCUCUUUACUCGGCCAUGGGUCCACUACUGAUCGGCGAUUUCAGGACUUUACCACUGCGGCUUCGAGGAUCUUAACCCUUAUGGUUCGUCCUCGGUCCAAGCAGCUGGUUUUAGUUCCCGCUUCCGGUUUUAUUAUCUUCCGUCUGUAUUUGAAACUGCUGGGCAACGAUGCUACACAUUGUCAACCGUGUACAUGGACCACAACAAUUCCGCACAAAGACAACAGAUUUAGAUAA